GUGUUUACACGUGAGUGCAUGAGCCACUAUCUAAGAGUAUUUAAUUUCCUCUGGAGAGCAAAGCGAAUGGAAUAUAUCCUCACUGAUAUAUGGAAAGGGCACAUGUGCAAUGCUAAGCUUCUGAAAAGUAUGCCAGAACUUUCUGGGGUUCUGCACCAGUGCCACGUUCUGGCAUCCGAAAUGGUCCAUUUCAUUCACCAAAUGCAGUAUUACAUUACAUUUGAGGUGCUCGAGUGCUCAUGGGAUGAACUCUGGAACAAGGUCCAACAAGCACAGGACUUGGAUCAUAUCAUUGCAGCUCAUGAAGUUUUCCUGGACACAAUCAUAGCUCGGUGCUUGCUGGAUAGUGAUUCCAGGGUACUUCUCAACCAGCUGCGGGCAGUUUUUGAUCAGAUCAUUGAGCUCCAGAAUGCCCAAGAUGCAAUGUACAGAGCUGCUCUGGAGGAGUUGCAGCUGAGGUUGCAGUUCGAAGAGAGGAAAAAACUGCGUGAGCUUGAGGGCAAGUGGGGUGUAACUGCAUCAGAGGCUGAAGAGGAGAACAAGAGGAUGAAAGAAUUUCAAGACUCAAUACCUAAGAUGUGCUCACAGCUGCGGAUACUCACUCACUUCUACCAGGGAAUCGUCCAACAGUUCUUGGUCCUGCUGACAACCAGUUCCGACGAAAGCCUUCGGUUCCUCAGCUUUAGGUUGGACUUCAACGAGCACUAUAAGGCCAGAGAGCCAAGGCUGCGUGUGUCCCUGGGCACUAGAGGCAGACGAAGCUCACACAGGUGA